GGGAGGAGUUUACCGUGACGCGAGGGUUGGUAUCUUGUUCUUGGUAUCUCGGUGUGUUUCCACAUGUUACAGACUUUAGAAAGAAAAAAAAAACUUUUGUUGUAUGAGCGGACACACCGUGUUGUCCCGGCAACUCUGAGCCGAGAGCUAUUGAAUUACAAUAAUGGGGCCCAAGUUUUCUGUUGUCGGGACGGUCAGCUGCACAAAAUGAACCGACACCGACCGUAGCGGUGAGUUGUUUUCUUACUUAAAAAGUCACGGAUUUAGUUUUUUUUUUUUUAGUUAAGGCAACAAAAGCCAAAGGAGCAGGUGACCUUCACGGUGAACAGGUGGCGAGAGAAAAACGGCUAUACCGGGCCUGCUGCCUGAUCAUGACUGCUGUGGUUGGACCUGGAGUCACUGUUUCAGAGCUAUGUGAGGAAGGAGACAAGUUCCUUGAGGCAAGAGAGCUGGAGAGGGCGACCUCUCUCUACAUGUCUGCCUUCAGGACUCACGCUGCCUCCACUGUGUCCCACAUGCGGAAAUUGAAGUCCAGCCUGGGUGGGGUGAUCUCUACUCUCGAAGGUUGGCUUGACAGUCAUGCGGAGAACCCGCCUGCUGAGGGUCUUAAUAAAGGUCUUGCAGCUGUGUUUCUGUCCACGCUCUGCCCCAACAAUCUGUCAGCCACCAUAUUUAAAAUGGAGUCCCUCCUUCAGAGUGGCGGGCAUGGCUGCGAGGAGAUCUACGCCCGCUGCACUGCUCUGCUUGAAGGGAAGCGAAACUCUCAUUCACAAUGUGCGACUGACAUGGUGUUGGAGAUAACUCGUGCCCUGGCCUGCUUGUUGUCAGAGCCUCACGGUAUCAAGGGGCUGAAGCUUUACCUCAAAGCUUAUCAGAGUAACAAGUCUGAAAUUGUCAAACUGGUGAAAAGCAGACAAGCUCAGCACCUACCAAAAAUAGUGAGGGCCUUUACAGACCAAAUGCUGCACAUACAUCCCUCUCUUAUGUUUGACAGCGAGUCUGCAGUGACAACAAAGGAGAAUGAUGAGCUAGACGCAGAGGAUUCCUCUACAGUUGUUGAGUUUUUGUUGGCUAUCGCACCUGGUUACAGAGAAGUUCAGGAGCUUCAAGCAGCAUAUUUGUUUUUGACGGGCAGGUUUGGGGACAGUGCAGAGAUGUACUCUGCUCUCUUGCGUCAUGGUCAUUGUCAGAAAAAGUCAGAGAGUACAGACAAGUCAUUCCAAGACACUCCCGAGAAGAGAGCCGGACUCUUCAUCAGUCGAGCAGCUGCCUUUUUGUCAGCAGGUGGACGGACUGCGGAGGCGUGCAGGGAUCUGGGGGAGGCAUUUGAGAUCCACCCUGCCACUGCUCGAAUUUAUUUCCAAAAGCUGUUCACAGAUCAUGGUACAGGGGUGGCUGCUCGCAACCAUCUCCGUCAGCAGGCAGAGAGGGGCCUGUCUGGUUACAGAGAAAGGGUCCUCAUCCGUCCAGACCUGCGGUCCACUGAAGGAGUUGAACUCCUGGACCCUGUGAUCACUCAGUUACGGACUCUGUGUCAUUUAGAGCCUGGCGGCGGAGGCAGACAGCUGCGAGUACGACUUGCUGACUGUCUCCUCCUCAGAGGGGAACACAAGGAGGCCCUUUCUAUCUGCAGCCAGCUAGUGGCUGCCCAAGGUCAGCAGAGCUAUCAAAACACAGUGCAGGUUCUUCGUGGAUAUGCACGUCUUCUCUCUGAUGACCACAAGGGGGCAUUGGAAGACUUUCAGGCUGUGAUUGAACACGAUGCCCCCCACCCAUCCAGCUGUGUGCGGGCACUGUGUGGCAGGGGGCUCCUGCGCAUGAUGGGUGGCUUAAACUACCUAACAGCUCUAGACUAUGUGACAGCCAGCAGGCUACAGCCUCAGGAAACAGCACUGACUGUUCGCUGCCUGGUGCCAUGGAACUACCGGGGGCUGCUGUUUACUGUGUUACUGGAGCAGGGACGAGUCAUGCUGGAGGGGACUGGAGAGAACGUAUCAAAGUCCAGUCCCAGUGAAGACUCCGAACAGAGCCGGCAAGGGGAUCAGCUGCAGCCCCCAUCAAAGAGAGACAAUGACAGAUCAGGGACUCCUGCUGGUGUCCAGUCCCUGGCUGUGCUACUGAUGGAGCUCCAGCCCGGUGCUGAUGGGUCUCAGAUCCUGGCAGCAGAUGCCUUGUACCAGCUUGGCCGGGUGGAGGAGGCCUACCGGCUGCUACUUUCCAUCGGGUCCACGAGUCCUCGUGCACCCGUACUGGCUCGGCUCGCCCUGCUGCAGCUUCACAGAGGCUUUUUUUAUGACACCAAUCAGCUGCUGAAAAAGCUCAUACAGUGUGGCGAUACAAGCUGCUUGCGCCCCCUGUUGGCGGUGGCACAACAGAAAGAUCGGGCGCUGCUGCAGGCGCACUGCCACUCUGCUGCAAAACGCAUCCUGGAGGGCACACGAGACGAGAGUGCUGUCAGGGAGGCUGUGGCGUAUCUCUCCAUCGCUAUCAUGGCCUCUGGUGGUGAGGCAGCAGACUCUUUGCUGGAGAGAGGUCGGUGUUAUGCCCUGCUGGGACAACGAAAGACAGCCAUCUUUGAUUUCAGUGCCAUUCUGAAGGAGCACCCAAAACAUGUUCGGGCCCUCUGUGGACGAGGCUUCACCUAUCUCAUGCUGAACCAACAAAAGGAAUGCACCCAAGAUAUCCUGGCAGCACUUCAGAUUAAUACUGACAUAGUCACCAAAGACAUCCUGUCGCUCAAGGACAAGGCACGGAAGCUGGUAUGUGAUUGGCUGCAUCAGUUCUGUCGGACCAAUCUGUCAGACAUCCUGGCCGCUAGUUCUGUCCCCUGCCAUGAAGAGCAGCUCAGAGAGGCUUUUAUAAUUGGCGGAGCUCUGAUGAGGACUGACUGCAGGGACCCCAGAUGGCAUCUCCUCUACGUGGACAUACUCUUAGCCAAAGGUGAAGUUAAAGCAGCAGGUGCUCAUCUGUGCCAGGUGUUUGGUCAGGAGCCAAGAGAUGCUUUGGCCCAGGCCAGGGUGGGUGUGGUGGAGGCCUGGCAGCAGAACUACCGCAGCGCAGCUCGCAGGCUCAGCAAAGUGUCUGAGAAAGAUUCAUCCAGUCUGGACUUCCUGCUGGCCUUGAUCCCAUUCAAUCAGCGAAAACGCGUCGCACAGGCAGCAGCACAGGAGGCCAGCAGUGUGUCAUCAGGUGGCCAGUGGGAUCAGGCCCUCACACUCUUGACUGUGGCAGUACAAGCAGUGGGAAAUCACAGACUCCAGUAUCUUCGCCAGCGGGCUGCCUGCCUCGCUCAGCUGGGCUUACACGAGCGGGCCAUAACUGACCUUGACAGAGUUAUCCAGAGACAUGGUGUGUCCGACUCCAGCUCAGAUGACCCCCAAUUCUGGGUGGAGGACCUGUGUCGGCGAGGCCGCAGCCUGGUGCUCUGUUCCAGAGAAGGAACUGCUCUGGAGGACUUCACUCGGGCCUUGGAGCUCCACAGGAACCAGACCAUCCAGUGUGUAGAGGCUGGUCUAGGGAGGUUACGUCUGGCUGAGUGCUUCCUGCGGGUGGCGCUGCAGCAUUAUGGGGAGCAGCAGCUCAGCAAAGCUUCGACAUUGAUUGAAUGUGGCCUCAUUGUGGACAGUGAAAACGCAGAGCUCCGGAGACUGAGGGCAAAGGUCAAACGAGAAGUGACCAGCCCCUGCAAUGUCAACUAAUGCUGAUCCAGCCGAGCUUAGAUAAUGCAGCCAUAUCAGUGCCUGUACCUUAAGAUGUCGUACUGUGGAGGAACAACCUAGCUGAUGAGAAAUCCUUCUGUCCUUUAUAGGUCAUGUUUGGACACGGUGCUUCAGGUUAAUAUAAUGUCUUCGAAAUUCAAUUUAAGUUUGUAGGAUAAACACUAGUGUUUGUAUACACAUCAUUAUAAUUACAACAAAGCAGUAUAUAUUUUCAACACCACAAAUUUAUUGAAUGUUUUAUUAUGUCUUGUUUUAUAAACCAAUUAACUUUAGUCGUUCAUACAUUUUACGACUGAAACAUCAGUAAUUGCAUUAUUGUGGAAGUGGACACAAAACAUGAUGGUCACGAUGGUUAUAUGAUAUGAAGCAUGUAUAGCAUAGUUUAAUUCAAACCAUCACACCUAGAUAAUAGAUUUAAGAAAGUGCCCAAUGUGCAGGUUUUGUGCUUUUAAAAUGGAGGGCGCACAACUUUAUUUAAUCAUAUCCAUGACAGCAAACACAAUUUAGUAAGCAUAAAUACAGGAAAACCUAAAUAAAUACUGGAAUUUAGUUCAAACCACUGACAUUAAAGAAUGUUUUAACACUUUAUAAUUUAAAAGGAUGUUGAAUAUAGUAUUAAAUUUAUACAUAAACUGUA